UUGUCCCCCUUAGUCCCCUGGGGUCCAGGCCCCUCUGUGGGGGGCGGCUGCCGGCCUAUGCCGCCGCCUGAGACCUUAGUCGUGGAGGCCGCUGGAGAGGCCCAGGCUGAAAGCGGUGGCCUUUGAGGGGGGCGGCAGGAGGGCACCGGCCCCCUCUCGGACUCCUGGCAGAGUGAGCUGGCGGUCACCAUGGCAAUGCGGGAGCUGGUGGAGGCCGAAUGCGGGGGUGCCAACCCGCUCAUGAAGCUGGCCGGGCACUUCACCCAGGACAAGGCCCUUCGGCAGGAGGGGUUGAGGUCUGGCCCUUGGCCCCCAGGAACCCCAGCCUCUGAGGUGGUCUCUAAGCCUUUGGGAGUAGCCUCUGAAGAUGAGUUGGUGGCUGAAUUUCUUCAGGACCAGAAUGCACCACUUGUAUCCCGUGCCCCUCAGACCUUCAAGAUGGAUGACCUCCUGGCAGAGAUGCAGGAGAUUGAACAGUCAAACUUCCGCCAGGCACCCCAGAGAGCUCCUGGUGUGGCAGAUUUGGCCUUGUCUGAGAACUGGGCCCAGGAGUUUCUUGCAGCUGGAGAUGCUGUAGAUGUAACUCAGGAUUAUAAUGAGACAGACUGGUCCCAGGAAUUCAUCUCUGAAGUUACAGAUCCUUUGUCUGUGUCCCCUGCCCGCUGGGCUGAGGAAUAUUUGGAACAGUCAGAGGAGAAGCUGUGGCUGGGAGAGCCUGAGGGAACAGCAGCCACGGAUCGCUGGUACGAUGAGUAUCAUCCUGAGGAGGAUCUGCAGCACACAGCCAGUGACUUUGUGGCCAAGGUGGAUGACCCCAAAUUGGCUAACUCUGAGUUCCUGAAAUUCGUGCGGCAGAUUGGCGAGGGGCAGGUGUCCCUGGAGUCCGGUGCAGGGUCGGGCCGAGCUCAGGCAGAACAGUGGGCAGCAGAGUUUAUACAGCAGCAGGGUACAUCAGAGGCCUGGGUUGACCAGUUCACAAGACCAGGAAACACAGCUGCCCUUGAUACGGAGUUUGAACGAGCCAAGUCAGCUAUAGAGUCUGAUGUCGAUUUCUGGGACAAGUUGCAGGCAGAGUUGGAGGAGAUGGCGAAACGGGACGCUGAGGCUCACCCCUGGCUUUCUGACUAUGAUGACCUCACGUCUGCUUCCUACGAUAAGGUAAGAACUCGGUUCUCAGAUGGCAGGGUUUCCUUGUUUUGUUGUUUCUCCUCUAAUCCUGAAUUUGAAGGGUACUUACUUUCAAGUAAUGACUUCUUUGAGCCCCUUUCUAUGAAAGGAAGUCUGAAUCAUUCCCUUGUCCCACUGUUCUUCAGUAAUUGAAGGUAUGCCUUAUUC